CUUUAUAACUUCCUUGUAAAUACGACAGGUAAAAGUAGUUAGUUGGUUAACAACUAACCUGCAGAAAAUGUCGGAUUUUACAGGUGUAUUUUAUAUCUUCUUAUGGAUAUCUUACACUCAAGCGAUGUACCUUGUUUCAGAAGACAAGUCAAUGUGGAGCGGGAACAAAAAAUGUCGAUUCGCUGACACAAUACAGUUUGACUUUUCUGGUGACAAGGUUACAGUUAAUAUUUCUAACAUUGACGUUUGGGACAAUGAAAAGAUUUGGGUUGGAUACUUCAGAAGAUACACGACUUUUGUAUAUACUGGCUGCGUGUCUGUCAACGAUAUAUGGGAACAUAGAGGUCAAGUUCAAAUAAAAAAUUCGAAUCCAGGAAAAUGUUUUUCUGCAUGUAGAAACAAUCGUUACAUAGGCAUUACCGGAGAAAAGUGUUAUUGCCUUGGUGACGGUUUAACAAACUCUACAUUUGAUUUACACGUUUAUUGUGAAUCAAGCUGUACAUCCCCCAAAGUUGCAUGUGGCGGAAACCAUAGUGGUGACAUAUAUUUGUCAGUAUAUCGAACCAGUCUCAAUGAUUCUUUCAUUAACGAUAAAAAUUGUUUAUCAUUUGAUCCAAAAGGUAGGACAUAUAUUUGGAAGAAAUGCGCCGGGAAAUCUUCCAGUUUCUUAGAAAUGUGUGCCACAGAAAAUCACGUGUUUGUGAACACCUCAUCAUACCAGAAUUGGUUGAGCACAGUUAAUAAAUGUUUCAAAAACAGUAGCAGACCAACCGAUUAUUCUAAUUCAAAUCUUUUGAAAGUGGACUCAGGAUCUGAAUUCUGGACCGGAAUCAUAAGUAGCAAAGUUAUUUACACAACAGAUGAACAUAUACCACAAACAGGCGAAAUUGAGUUUGGGUACUUGAAGCGAACUGACGGAAACAUAUAUCAGCUAAAAUUUAAAAAGGAUGACAGUGACGAAAGAUAUCUUUGCAGUACCGAGCAAACUACAGAUAAAACGACUGGAAAUGUAUUGAUAAAUAGCAAAUUAACUACAAAAGCACAACAAGUUAUGGCAGAACAGAAAGGAUCGACUACAGGUGUCCCUGUUGGGAUCUCAGUGGCUGUUGUUUUUGUUAUUGCUGCAGUUAUUAUAGUCAUUGUUGUUUUGAAACGACGAGGUCUGAUUCCAAACAUGUGUUACAGAGAAGCUGCUCCAAGUAAAUCUAUAAAAUACACCACUGAUAUAGCCGUAGUCAGCAACAAUAAUUACGAAGAAGUCAAAGAUUCUCCGUAUGACAAGAGUAAGGGAACUGCAACACAGAUUGGCAUGGACAACUCUGUUGAUUCUCCUGAAGACAGUGGACACUAUGCACAUACCUACUUUGUACUAGAGGAUAAUGCAAAUCACUCUAAACCAAAAAAUAGCAUCGCAGUUUCAAGCAAACAUUUUAAAGGAAAAGACGAAGGCAAUGUGUACAACACAUUGAACUCAGAUAUAAAGAACAAAAACAACGUUGACAACACUUACGACACAAGCGAGACAGCGGUCAGAAAAUUGAAAACUCAGCUUAGUAAAGAGUUUGAUGGACAAAAGGAAAUUGUGUUUAACGACAGGGAUGAAGAUACUUACAACCAUAUUAACGGAAAACCUUACAACAAGAACAACACUGAUAAUGUCUAUGGUGUCAAUGGAAAUGAUUAUGGAGAUAUUCAAAAACGUUCCGAAAAAGGGACUGACUCAGAAGAUACGUACAAUCGUAUAAACUAAACUCAGUUUCAGACCAACGAAAACGUUUGAUUAAUUUGAAUUCUCACCACUAAUAAGUUACUUUUGACCGUGCUUGAUCGAAAAAUAUAAAAUAUAUGUUCUAGUCGUUGAAUGAUUCAAUACUCGGGUCCCCUCAAAUCGUCCCCGACGGAUACAAUAUGAUCACAACCAUUAUCUUUACAAAAUGUAUAGAAAGAACAACAGAACAAUUUAGUUAUGAAAUAACGUUUGAUGUGUUGCAAGCGACUUGGUUAAAGCUGAACUCAAAGAACGGGAUAAAGCAUGAAAUGAAUAUAAAGAGUACGUGUUCCAAAUGAUCAAAUAUGUUUUAAUCAACAAACUGGUUGUAAAUAUCAUAAACCUAAACACUAAGAAACGAAUAAUCGUUCCUCCAAACUAUCUUUUACAUAGCCAUCCUUAGCUUUUUCACUUUACCAACGACCAUGUCGUUUGCACAUUCUAUCCUUAACGCCUUUAUUAGCGGCAGCGGUUCCACCGCCUGACCUUAACGAAUGUAAACAAUAUUUGUUAAUAUCUGUUACAAAUGGAAUUAAAUAUCGCAAAGUA